GGUAAGCUUGUUUACUAAAUUGCGUCGUAGGGAGUAAGAGAGGUAGCCACAAUUAUCCAUCAUUAUCGGCGACACCAUGGCUCCUGAGAAGAUCCAUUGGCAUAUCUCGUCCAUCAUCUGCUGCAAGUACCUCAUUGUCCAUAGAUGCACACUGUACUUCUCCAGAAAGUCAGAGCCCAUCACCCCAGGGUCCUGUGGACACAGCAAAACUCCAGGCUUUUGUGUACUCACCAGAACCCCAGGAAAGCACACACACCCAGUCACCCCACGAUGUUGCACACACCCCCACCACCCCAGGAUAUCGUACACCCCAGUACCCCAGGAUGUUUUGCAUAUUGUAUCACACCCAUUUAAAGCUUUGGGAACUUCCACACCAAGUACUUCUGUGUAAAAAGAGAAGGUUGGCAGACAGAGAUGAUACAUCAGAAAAAAAUAGUGCAAACUGUAAAGUGAGAAAUGUUAUGGAUGCAUUUAUUCAGAAUAAACUAGAAAAGAAAUCUGGAAAAAUGACUUUGUAAUUUCAAGUGUGGAGUCAUUUCUAAAUUAAUUUCCCAUCUCUGAUAGUUUAAAAAUGGAAUUUGACUCCAAGGUUGUUUUACUGCUACAUGAGUACAUGCAAAAAUAUUCUGAGACACAACAAGACUGAAUAUAGUGUGAAUGAAUAUAACAUCCAAAUUAUAAGUUGUUUCCAGAAAAUUUUAUGAGCAUUUUACUGUGCCUUACAUGUUGAGUGGUAAUGAGGUUAGGAGGCAUAAAUGAACCACAUACA